AUGCCCCAAUCCAAAACUGCCGGGAAACUUACCGUCAAGGAGACUGCGACGGAGUGGAAAGGCCCCGACCCGCCGGGCAGUGUAUCAAAACAAGUACCCAAUGGUAAAUUCGAUGUCAGUUCGGCGGUUCUGAGUCAAACGCAAACCAAGAGGAUGAUGGAGCAACGAAAAUCGGAGAAAAUGGAGUCCCCUGUUGUGGCGCCAACUGGGAAGGAUGGCGCUAUGGAGGUCGACUGUGACUCGUGA